AUGCGCACGUCUGGUGGUCAAAGGAAUGCGUGCGCGCCUACUGAGUCGGUCUAAGAAAGCAGCACAUUUCAAAUGAGGUUGGACACCAGACGACCGUAGCCAUCCAUAACACUUCGUCUUCACCGACCUGAACAACUACUUUGAUUAAGAAAGUACACCUUUUUUUCUUGUUUCCAAAGGAACACAGGGAAGUGAAGAAAUGUUUGGGUAAAGUUCGGAUACACUCUUGGCUAGUUAUAUUUCUGAUGUCCUUUGCCUGCGCAAUAAUGACAUUUUGAGAGGAGGGAAACAGUCAUUACAUUUUGAGAGGAGGGAAACAGUCAUUCAUCUGGACAACCGUGAGAGUUCAAUCAAAGCUUCUUUUACACCUGUGACCUGAUUCUGGAUCGACUUUGGUUGAGGAGAUUAUAUGCCAAAUGGAUGGAAAUGCAAACAUAAACAUAAAUGCAAAAGUAUUCGUAUGGUUGCAUUAAAAUCAAACGAAUGAUGACAAUUCUAACAAAUUGAACCAGUUGGGGAUUCAACCGUGGAAUUGUUUCAACCCGCAUUCAUCAUGCGAAUUUGUUGAAUGCAAAGAAACGCAAGUGUUAAAGAAUAGUGCAUAGACUACUAAUAAGGUGUUGUCGGGAUGGUGCGCCUGCUGAACUACCUCAUGCUGGGGUACCUGACCUGGAAUCUACGGAUAUCAGACGCACAAGGAGAGUACUGCCAUGGGUGGCUGGACAGUAAUGGAAAUUACCACGAGGGCUUUCAGUGUCCGGAGGACUUUGACACCAUGGACGCAACCGUGUGCUGCGGGUCUUGCUCCCUGCGGUACUGUUGCGCGGCCGUGGACGCACGGCUGGACCAGGGAAGCUGUACCAACGACAGAGAACAGGAGAACACGGAGUUUGCAGCGCAGCCCAUCUACGUGCCCUUCCUGAUGGUGGGCUCCAUCUUCGUGGCCUUCGUGGUGGUGGGCUCCCUGGUUGCUGUCUACUGCUGCACCUGCCUGCGUCCUAAGCAGCCCACCCAGCAGCCUAUCCGUUUCCCCCUGCGCAGCUGCCAGGCCGAGACCAUCCCCAUGAUCCUGACCACUGCGCCACCCAGCCUGCGCACCCCCUCGCGCCAGUCCAGCACGGCCACCACCAGCUCCAGUUCGGCCGGUGGGGGCAGCUCGGUGCGCCGCUUCUCCCUCGGAGGUCAGGGGCAGCAGCAGCACGGGUGCUUGGUGUCAGCGUCUGCAUCCUUCUCCCCCUCCACGCCCCAGCCGCUGCUGCCACCACCCCCCUACACCUCCCCCACGGCCUGCAUGCCAGGCGGCUGCCAGCAACCCCAUCCCCACCCCUCCGCCCACCCUCACCCCCAUGCCCAGCUGCAGCUGCACCAGUCCAUGCACCCACACCAACACCCACACCCGGCCCAGGGCACGGGCUUCCUGCUGCCCCAGCAGUACUUCAUCCCCCUGCAGCCGGAGCCCUUGUCCGGGGCCAAGGGCUUUGCAGACUUUGGACAGAGCUGACGGGGCUCCCUGGACAAUGAGGAGGGGGAUUACAGGAGCACUGUGUGAGGUGAGCAGGGUCGUGUUCAUGAGGCGCCAAACGGAAGAAAACGGACCGAAACAGGAAGGGACUACCUGAACCUGUCCAGUAUGAGUUAGUUUAACGCUGUGAGACAUUUUAAAUCAGUGAAUGUUACUGAACAUGACCCUGGUGUGUUGUGUUGACAGACAGUCAGCGGCUAAGGGGAGGACUGCCCUGACGUGCAGUACAGUUGGCCUGUUGAAUGGAGACUGGGUGACAGGACUGUGAGGUGGUGCUCAAGAUAAACCACAAGAAAGCUUCCUAGUCGAGCAGAGUACAUUGGUCUUGUCUAAGUCAGUGGUUCCCAAACUGUGGGGGUCGGCGGGGGGGGGAGAGACUCAGUCCGGCUUUCAUCUUACUCCUGAAAGUUGUAAUAGUAGAAUGCACAAGGUGCAAUUUCGAAAUUGGAUAGUGCAUCAUCAGUACCUCUUGUCACGUCAGUCAUUGCAUACCUUAGAGAGCUAUUUUUAGCCCAUAGAUAUUGUUGUAAUUUUUUAGUCACUCAAAUAUCACGAAUACACAUUAGACAUGGGGAAAAUGUGUAGAAUUGCAGGAAAUAAGGUUUAAAAUGGCAACAAAAAAAUGUAUCUGCCAACAAGAGGGGUGUGAACAAUUUGUGUCAUGAACAGUGCUUGUGCCCAUAGAUAUAGACGUGGUGGGGUGGGAGAUGAUCCCCAGUGUUGGAAGAGGACCUGAGUGAAAUGGUUUGGGAACCCUGCUCUAAGUUACAGGAAUGGAAUCUGCUCAGACCAGACAGGACCUGUUUAUUGGUCAUUGUUGUUUUCAAUGGCAUGCACUUUUUCUAUACAUCUGUAUUGUAAACAAGAUGAUCUGUCUUCCUUUUCCUUUUGAUACACUGUUUGGUUAAAUGGGGAUUUUCAACUGUCACAACUUUGUCACAAUAACUUUUGUGGCAUCAACAUUAUUAAGAAGUGUUCUGCAAAUUUUUUGGCAAGCUGUUGGACAUUUAAUACAAGGGAAAUCAAAUGAUAAUUUUGACAAUCACAAGCCUCUCUAAAAGAGGGGAAGGACUGACACCAAGUUGUGCAGUAGGGUGGGCAAAGCCGAAGGAUGUACUGUGUACAGUGUUCACUGGUUUGAUGCUCUAGACCAGGUGUGUCCCAACUUGUUAUGUAGGGCUAUGACACACAAAUCAAUAACCAAUCAUAUUAGCCAACUCCAAAUAAGAGUCCAGUAUUGUAUCUUGUCACCAAUCCAGUAUUGUGAGUAUCUUGUCAUGCAAUGCUACAAAUAUAAGUAAAUUAGAAAAUGUUUAAAACACUCCCCAGUUUGUCAGUAUUUCAGAAAAAUUGAACCUACUCUUUAAUAAUCCAACAGUGGAUGGUUGAGAAUUGCUUCAUUGCUCAUUUAUGAAUACAUUCUUUAGUAGUGCCAAGAGAGAAUGCCAAGAGUGUGCAAAGCUGUCAUCAAGUCAAAGGGUAGCUAUUUGAAG